AUGUCUAAGGUCUUGGUUGAGUCCUCAAUACCACACCAAAGGGCCUACAAUACAGGCCCAUUUCCCCUGGUCCUUACCCCAGGCGCAGAUCUUGAUCACCUGGACCUAUCUCUUCUGACCCAGUCCAUCAAGGCCCAGAAGCCAUGGCUCAACUCGCUGCUCCACAAGGCCGGAGCCAUUCUCCUCAGAGGCUUCCCAGUGAACACCGCAUCCGACUUCAACGACGUCGUCGAAGCCUUCGACUUCGAGGAGCUACCUUACAUCGGCGGCGCGGCUCCUCGUAACAAAGUGGUGGGCCGGAUUUUCACGGCCAACGAGGCUCCGCCGGAUCAGAGGAUUGAGUUUCAUCAUGAAAUGGCUCAGGUAUCUGUGGUUCCAUCCAAAUUGUUUUUCUUCUGUGAGGUGGAGCCAGGAAGUGGGGGAGAGACACCCAUAGCACUCAGCCAUGUUAUCUACGAGAGAAUGAAGGAGAAAUACCCAGAAUUCGUACAAAAACUGGAAGACCAUGGUUUAAUUUACAUCCGAAGAUUGGCAGACCAGGACGAUCUUUCAUCUGUCCUUGGGCGUGGCUGGAAGUCCACCUUCCUCACGGACGACAAAACCACCGCCGAGAAGAGGGCUGCUCAGGUGGGAACCAAGUUGGAAUGGACAGAGUCGGGGGUCAAUUCGAUAAUGGGUCCAAUUGCAGGGAUAAGGUACGACGAAGGGAGACAGCGCAAGGUGUGGUUUAACAGUAUAGUGUUGUUUCAUUCUAACUGGAAAGACAAGGGGAUGAAUGAUUCGGAGAAAACAGUGAGCUUUGGGAAUGGGGAAGCACUGCCGGAUGAUAUUGUGGAAGACUGCCUCAAAAUCCUGCACGAGGAGUGUGUAGCUUUUCCAUGGCAGAAAGGUGAUGUGCUACUGAUUGAUAACUGGGCUGCGCUUCACUCUCGACGGCCAUACACCCCACCUCGGAAUAUACUCGCUUCACUCUGCAAGUAGUAAAGCUUAAUUACUAGUAUCUAGUUUUUAUGCGGCUUUUGACUUCUCCGCUUUCUAUCAUGGCCGGACUUAGCUUUUUCCUAAGCAAUUAUGAGUUGGAUAGUUCUUGUGCCUGUAAACCAACACUUUGGCAUCCAAAGCUUGUUGAAAUAAAAUCCCAAAACGAAGCCUUUCUUAUGCAUGUAAGAUAUUACAGUAAAAACACAAGUAAAACAUCGGCUCUAGCUUGGUUCAAUUAAUCAUGGUACUGGCGCGCUUCAUCAACAAGAUCAGUGAAAGUCGGAGAAGAAGCCCUGAUCCACGAGCUAGAACUCUUUUCCAUGAACCUGGACACACCCAUGUCCCACAUGCCACACCAUCUCAUGAAUCAGGACAAAGUCUAUGUCCCUAUCUCAUCAGCCCCACCCCACUCUAUUAUAGUGCUAUGUCGUUUUCAUUAUCAAAUCAUGGAAUCAAAUUUCAUGACUUUUCUUUUUGCC